GGCAAUGUUUAAGGCCCUCUCCCUUGUCACCAAGAACCUCCGCAGGUUCAAAGGGAAUAUCGACUUUUUCACCGAUAGUAGGUACGUCCUCAACGUAAUCAAGGGGACAAAGAAGCUUACUGCAACUGGCAUCAAGCUGCACAAUCUUGCCAAGAACUUAGACAGCUACAGGAAUAUCUCCUUUAAGUGGGUCCCCGGGCAUUCGAACAUAGAAGGCAACGAGAAAGCCGAUAAACUGGCCAAAAAAGCAGCGGAGCUAAUGACUAAUCCAUCCUUCGGGCUGAUACCAAUCAGCUAUAUUAACCAACACAUUCACGACAACAGCAUUAAACUCUGGGAAGAAGAAUGGAACAACUCCGAAACAGGCAGAACUACUUUCAGUUUUCUGCCUUCAAUUCGGAAGCGCCAGAAGUACAACUACAUUACUCCUUCCUUCUUCAUGACGCAGUGCCUAACAGGACACGGAAACAUUCCGACGUACCUCCACAGGAUUGGGAGGCGAAACACCGACGUGUGCACCUGUGACAAUCAAUCCGUGGGCGACAUCCUCCACAUCCUCUUCGACUGCCCGCGCUACGAAGCCAACAGAAGAGACCUAAAAACCUAUUGCAUUACACACGGACAAUCGUGGCCACCAAGACUGGACUAUUUGUGCGCCUACAAAGGAAGCUUCGAGCAUCUCCAAAAAUUAGUAAAUAACUGUAACGCUUUCCAAAAUGACUUCUCCGGGCACCGAGCUCAUUGUGACUCCAGCAACUGAUUCGACGCCGCAUCAUCUCAGCUAUGUAAACCUCAAUGUAAUCUCUGUGCACAAUUGCUUAUUAUUUUACUCUGUGUUUCCACGUAACCGCUUUGCUACUAUGUAUCAAUUUGUACAUAUCGUAAUGUGUAAGUUGCAAUUUUAUGGUAAUUUGUAUCCUAUUGUAUU